ACUCGGCACAGAGAGAGAGAGAGAGAAAGAAAGAGAGAACGAGAGAAAGAAAGAAAGAAAGUCUAAUCUCAAACUUGCAGGGAUUGGCAGAGAGGGCUGUGAACUGGGAGCCAGUUUCUAGAGGGAAUAACUUGAUCUCUUCCCAGUGGGCACUUUUCCUGCUAUUUCUUUGCAAAAAGGAGAAGAAAAACCCUCUCUAUUUUUUUUCUCAAACAAGAUUUGAAAAGUAGAGCCAGCCCCGUCCUGCUGGGACUCUGCGAAGUCACCCAGCAUCUGGCCCGCCCUGCAGUUUGCCAAAGGAAUAUUCCGGGGAAGGUCUGGGACUUGAAACAAAAGAGCUGAGAAGACGUUUUAUAAACUAUUUGAAGAGCCAGCCAGGCCGUGUGCGCCUCCUCUGGCUCCGGGUCAGCAUCUGCCGUGAACCUCCCCGAGCGCACAGCCCGCUUGCCAAUGGGUGGCUCGUCUAGGAGCUGCUGUUAGGUGCUGCCCUGUGCUAGGUGCUGCUGAGAGCAGUUGACGGAGCGGCUCUCCAGAGCCUGAGUCCCGGGUCCUUGUCGUUAAUUACAGCUGGUGUUGCUAGUUAAGGGAAAGGCCCAGGGCCUCCCCACGGCAGUGUAACAUCACAGAGCUUUUGGGAUCGUAUUUUGUUCCUCAUCUACCCUUGUGCCCCCAUGGGAAGCCCGCUCUGUGCGAUGUUGACACUCCUCAUCGCUGCCUGCUGCCACCUCAUGCUGGCGUCGGGGGAGCGAGCCGGUGCUGGUGGCUACAGGGAGGAAAUCGUGUUUCCGGAGCGCCUGGUGGGCGAAGCCAAGGCAGGCGUGUCUGGGGAGGGGCUGGGCGGCAGCCCCAGCCAGCAGCUUCUCUACCGCAUCCGCGCCUUGGGGGAAGACCUGGUCCUGGACCUGGAAAGGGACCCCAGCUUCCUGGCGGAGGGGCUGACCGUGCAGUAUCUGGGCAGGAGCGGGCAGCCAGCCGCGGUUGAUGGGUCAACCGAGCCGGGGAGCUACUACACCGGCACGGUGAACUCCGACCCGGACUCCGUCGCGGCAGUGAACUAUGACGGGGUGUCGCUGCUGGGGGUGCUGCAGUACCACGGCGCGGAGUACCACGUGCAGCCCCUGCAAGGGGGGGCACCCAAUGCCGCAGAUGGAGCCGGUGCCCACGUGCUCAGGAAGAAGAUACCCGAGAAAGCCAAUAGCACCAUGUGUAGUGUGGGCGCCCAGGCUCUGGGCACGGCUCCAGCCAGCGGAAGGGAGCCCCAUGCCGCAGCAGCGUCCUCGAGGAGAGCAAAGCGGUUCGCCUCGGUGCCGCGCUACGUGGAGACACUGGUGGUGGCGGACGAGCCCAUGGCCCAGUUCCACGGCGCCGGGCUCAGACGCUACCUGCUGACCGUCAUGGCUGCUGCCGCCAAGUUCUUCCGCCACCCGAGCCUGCAGAACCCGGUGACGCUGGUGGUCACACGGCUGGUGGUGCUGGGGCCCGGUGAGGACGGGCUGCAGGUCACGGCCAACGCAGCCCAGAUGCUGCGCAACUUCUGCCAGUGGCAAAAGGGGCUCAACAAGCCGGACGACGCGGAUUCGGAGCAUUUCGACACAGCCAUCUUCUUUACCCGGCAGAACCUGUGCGGCAUCUCCACCUGCGACACGCUGGGCAUGGCAGACGUGGGCACCGUCUGCGACCCCACCCGCAGCUGCUCCAUCGUGGAGGAUGACGGGCUGCAAUCGGCCUUCACAGCUGCCCACGAACUCGGCCACGUGUUCAACAUGCUCCAUGACAACGCCAAGGCCUGUGAGGAUCUGAACUCCCACGCCAGCGGCACCCGGCACAUGAUGGCUCCAGUGAUGUCCUAUGUGGACCCUGACCAGCUAUGGUCACCCUGCAGCGCCCGCUUCAUCACAGAUUUCUUGGACAACGGCCAUGGUCACUGCCUCCUGGACAAGCCUCGUGAGCCCCUGCGCCUGCCAGCCCCCUUCCCGGGCAGCAACUAUGACGUGGACCGGCAGUGUCAGCUGACCUUUGGGCCGGACUCCCGCCACUGCCCCAACCUGCACCCACCCUGCUCCUCCCUGUGGUGCACAGGCAAGAUCAAUGGGCACUUCAUGUGCCAGACCAAGCACUUCCCCUGGGCAGAUGGCACCGCCUGCGGACAGGGCAAGGCCUGCAUGAAUGGGCGCUGCAUCAGCAGAGUGGAGAUGAAGGCCUUCAACACUCCCACCCCCGGCGGUUGGGGGCCCUGGGGCCCGUGGGGCGAGUGCUCGAGGAGCUGCGGCGGGGGAGUGCAGUUCUCCACCCGCGAGUGCAACAAGCCUGUCCCACGCAACGGCGGCAAAUACUGUGAGGGCAAGCGCACCCAGUACCGCUCCUGCAGCACCCAGGAGUGCCCAGAUGGCACGGCCCUCACCUUCCGGGAGCAGCAAUGCGCCGCCUACAACCAUCACUCAGACCUGUUCAAGGGCUACCCCGCGCCCAUGGACUGGGUGCCCCGCUACAGCGGCGUGGCCGAGAAGGACCAGUGCAAGCUGACGUGCCAGUCGAGGGCCCUGGGCUACUACUACGUGCUGGAACCGAGGGUGGCGGAUGGGACGCCCUGCUCCCCCGACAGCACCUCGGUCUGCGUGCAGGGGCGCUGCAUCCAUGCCGGCUGCGACCAUGUCAUCGGCUCCAAGAAGAAGUUUGACAAGUGCAUGGUGUGCGGGGGAGAUGGAUCCCGCUGCUCCAAGACCUACGGCUCCUUUGCCAAGCCCCGCUAUGGUUACAAUGAUGUGGUCACUAUACCGGCUGGGGCCACCCACAUCCUGAUCCGCCAGAGCAGCAGCUCUGCCACGGCCAACGAUGGCAUCUACCUGGCGCUGCGGAGGCAGGACGGCACCUACGCCCUGAACGGGAACUAUGUCCUGGUGCCCUCGGAGCUGGACGUCAGCCUGGCGGGCAGCGUGACACUGCACUACAGCGGUGCCACCAAGGCCACAGAGAUCAUCACGGGCCGCGGGCCACUCCACGAGCCGCUCACCCUGCAGGCACUGGUGGUGAGCGACCAAAAAGCCCCCCGGCUCAAAUACACCUUCUUCAAACCCACGCAGCAGAAGCAGACGACAGAGCAGUGGCUGAAGCAGAAGGCCCAGAUCCUGGAGAUCCUGAAGAAUCGGCGCAUCCGCAAGGAACCCCCACAGCAUUAGCUGUUUAGCACAAGGCUGGAGUGGCAGCACCUGAUGCAGCUUCCCCUGGUACCAGGGACCAAUGGGCUGGAGCCCGUCCCAAAGACAGAAUCAGAUGCUGGAGCCCCCGGCUCAGGCUACCCCCUGGGGCUCCCCCUGCCAGGCCAGGGCUCCGUGGAACAGAGCUCUGUGUCCGGCCAUUUGAAGGGGAAUCUGCAAUAGGAGCCGCUGUGGCGUUCCUGAAGGGACCUGUUUGGCGGGGACACUUGCGUGUGCCAGGUCUCUAUUUAUUCGGGUAUUUAUUCGUGGCUGGGGCCAUGGGCACUGUCCAUGGUACAUCACUCAGCACCUUCCUUUGGCCUGGCUGAGCCUUGGCAAACUCGACCCAUGUGCCGCCAGGCGCGAGCCACGAAGUAUAUUUUGAAUCAGCUUCUACCUCAGUCCCCCCCUCCCGCAAUCCCCACUAGAGCUGGGUCUCAACAGGGUUCGUUGGCGCGCUGGGCAUCAGAGGACUGCCUGGUCCCGGGGGCAGGCAGGAUGCAGCCCCCUUCACUGCAGAGAGGAAUAUGAGGGCUGAGUUAGGGCCCUCCAGGGCUGCGGGCCAGGCCUUGCUGUGUGUGAUCCCAACACUGUCUGGUCUUGGUGCUGCGCUGGCAUCAUGGCAGCCUGGCAGUGCCCAGGAGCAGAGAGCCAGCCUCCUCCGGCCCGUUUGAUCAGCAGCUGCCCACGAAGCCCAGGCAGGACUGCGGGUAAUAAUUUGUCUAUUUGAAGCAAAGGGUCGCUGCCCAGGCAAGUCCCUGCUGGCAUGGCUGCUGGCAGUUUGCGCCAGUUGCAUUUUUCUAUUAAUUAUUGUCAUUAUUUUUUGUAAUAAAAAUCUGCUGAAUUAUUUAUAGACCACACUCAAGUGGCACGUGGUUAUUGGGCCCGCGGGAGCCAUGCGCCACCCUGUCACGCCACGCUUGGCAGCAUGCUGGAGCAGGACCGGAGCUGGGACCUCCCAAGGCCAUGCCUCUGCCCUACCUCUGCAACACCCAUGCUAGGAGAGAAUGGCGUGCCCCCAUCCUCACUGCUGUCCAGUGUCAGGCCAGCCCCUUUGCUGCAGGCACCUGUCCCCAGAGCCCAGGAGGGUGAUGUGGCUGGAGAAGGCCCAGCAUGGGGCAAGGAGCUGGGCGGCGAUAUCCACUGACCUGGCCUGUCAUUGGCUCCUGCCA